UACGACCCAACAAUUCAACCCAAGUUCUAAGCCCUAGCGGAGGAAAACGCUUCCGUCGCACGGGAAAUGAAUUUUCUCGCGCCAUUCGUCUGGCUCGCGCGGUCGCUCCAUGCCUAACAAUAACAAUAGCUCAAACAGUGGUGUGCGCUCGCCUCAUCCAGCAGAGUGUUCCCGAGCGGAUGCUGAGUGCCCAAUCUAUGCACCGUUUGCGACCGACGCAGCGCCUCUAAAUUGUGCCCCCAAUCGAAAAUAUGACAGUUCUUGCCCGCUGCAUUGGUUCGACAAACAAACAAAUCUCCACUGGUCGGCUGACUACCGAUAAUGUGAGCAACCGAGCAGCCAGCGUACAGACAGUUGUGAAAAAUCGUUGGACAAACGCGUACGGCACCGAACGGCUGUAAUUUGUCGCCGCCCGUACCCCAGUAAAGAACUGAACCGCAGAACCAAUGCUGCCUGGAGCGCUGUACUGCGAACGAAAUUAAGGCUGGGUGUCUUGAAAAGAAAAACCUAAACCAAACGGAUCGAAUCGAAUACCCGUAGCUUCCUAAGUACUAACGCUCGAAACGAUAAAUCUCAACGGUUUAAAGCGGAACGAUCGGGUUGGCGCAAACCGGUAGCUGGAAUUCAUCCGCAAGCCCGAAAUCGAACAUCGCAUCGGAUUCUUUACCCUUUUGAUUAUAGUGUCACCGUGGAUACGAUGGAAAAUGAAUCAUUGCCCAUUCUGCUUAUAACCGCUAACGUGGGAAGCGUGUUCGAAGAUCCAUCAAACCUGCUGCACCUAUGGAUCAAAGAGUUUCUCGACCACAUUGCUGCCCAGCAGCCCGCAUUUAUCGCGCUCCAUCUCCAAGAGGUCGGUGGCAAAACGUAUGAAAAGUCCAUGGAGUACGUGCAGGAGUUCAUCAAGCAGCUGUGCGAAUCGGACGAGCUGCGUGACUACAAUCGCAUUCGGGUCUACCUGGAUGAAGAUUACAAUUCGGCGGAACAUUUUACGGCCCUGGGAAACUUGUACUUCGUCCGGCGCACGGUCAGCCAUGUGCUGAUGUGGAACUUCCUUACCCACGAGUGGGAUGCGGUCGAGGGCAAGAGCAUACACACGGGCAGUAUCGAAACAGUCGCUACCAAAGAGAAGGCUAAAUUUCCUCAACAAUUCUUUCCCGAGUGCAAAUGGUCCCGUAAAGGAUUUCUUCGUACCCGUUGGUUUCUUAACGGUACUGUGUUUGAUUUAGUUAACAUUCACCUGUUCCACGAUGCGUCCAACCUGGAGGCGUGCGAAGAAUAUCCCUCCGUGUACUGCAAGAGCCGACGGCGUGCACUCGUGCACACACUGGAACGAUUUCAUAAAGAUACAGUUAACCGACCAGUGCCAUACUUUGUCUUUGGUGAUUUUAACUUUCGUUGCGAUACGGAAGGUGUUAUCAAGAAACUUACCGAAGAUCUCACAAUGCAUCGGGUACAGAAUACGAAAAACGACAGUACAAAGGUUCAGUAUCGGGACGCUACGGGCACUAACGUGCUGACCGUGGGGAAAAAGGAGUUUUUCCACUGCGACCAGAGCACGUUUAAAGAAAAUUGGCUUCGUCAGUUUGAUCGCGAGCUUGAAUCACUGCGCAGCAUACUGUACGAGUUUCCCAUCACGUUCCCACCGUCCUACCCGUACGAGGAGGACCCGUUCCAGCCCGGCUCGUACAUGGCAACCCGGUGUCCUGCCUGGUGCGAUCGGAUACUGGUAAGCCCGGCGGCCCGGAAGCUUAUAUGUGAGGAGGGGGCCCCGAACGAUGGGCCGGCCGGUGACACGACCGAUCCCUCGGCGGUUAGCUACGGUAUUAUCGGUGCGAAUGUUUGCAUGGGAGAUCAUAAGCCGGUUUAUCUCAGCAUUAAAAUCAAGACGAGUCAAGGUAUUGUAGAUAACUGCUCCUGUGAUACGCAUGUGCCUAGAAAACUGCGUGUUGAACACCCUAUUUAUAAUAACAGUGCAAGUAUGGAUAGUAGUAGUAAUAAUAACACGAUCGUAGUAAGUCUUAGUAGUUAUGGUAGUAAUGGUGACAAUGCAGCCGAGCUGCUGCGCCCAACGCCACCGAAGGCAGAACUUAUCCGCCAGAUGGCGUCCGCCGCAGCCAGGUGUAGCAGCGGUGAUGGUGAUCGUAGCACCGCCACCACCACCAUCAUUCCGUUUGCCUCGUCGCUCGAUGUUGAUCAGUUUGCCUUCCAUCAGCUUCACUACCCGUCCGCAUGUGCCAAGUGUGCCGCACGCAUCGAACAGUGCUACGAGCAGAAUCUCCUCGGGCUUGAGCCCAUCGUACCGGCCGCCGGUUCGCAAAUGCACCACCACCGAGAUGAUGAGCCGCCCGUGCCCAAUCAGCCGGCACCGCUCGAAUUACUGUCACAAGCAUGCUUUAGAUACCAUCACCCACUGGUAAGCAUUAACGUGUUCGACACGGACAGCAAUCUGAAUGUUUGCAUGUGCGCACUGUACUGUAACAAUGCGGCGACUGACGCAAAGAAUCGGACCGCCGCUACUGGCACGAAAGUUCACGAUAGCAUCGAUGAUACCGCCGCUACCGCUUCUACGAUCUGCCCGAACUGCCGCAACAUUAUCAAACACCAGCCAAUUGAGCACCGCAAAACGCUCAUCUCGCGCCGGAUGAUGCUUGCCAACGAUGUGAUCGUGAAUCGCAUCGACACACACUACCUUAACACGUACUCGAUGACGCAGGGCGGUAACGGGCCCGGUACCGGCCAGCUGCAUCCCUUCGAACCGUACACGCCGGAAAGUGCCGAGUCACACUCACCCUUGCCCGAAUCGAGCGAUAGUAGCAAAGCGUCACCGUGCGUCAUCACCCGCAACGAUGAGGCAAACCCCGAUUCGGACGAGUCGCCGAACACCGCGUCGCAAUUACACGCCCCGGAGGACGUACUGCAACCGCUCAUACCGACCGAUUCACCCCACCAGAAGACCAUCCCUUCGGGUGCGAUGAAAUCGGAAACCGGCACAUCGAACGUGCCGGACGGUUCUAACACCUGCGCGGCUAAUGAUGCGAAUCGGCCCGGUGCCCACGAUAGCAGCUUCGGUGGUGUAUCACCACGCCAGCUAAUGUCACGCCUGGAAAAGCUUAAACGGUUGGCGGACGAACGACGGAAACAGUACGGUGAAUGGACGCGCAGUUUCUCGCAGUCCGAUACGGCGACGAAACUAGCGUCCCACGGCAGGUGUGCGGAUGGUAGCGGUGGUAAUGAUGCACCCAGCGAUCCGACCCAACCAUCCGACGGCGUACAGCCGUCAGCGGCUUUGCUUGCGAUACGUCCGCCGGGCACUAGCAGCAACCAUUUAAACAGUCACUGUCCGAAUAACGAACAGACAGGGUCGGCAACGCAUGCUGCAGUCAACGUGACGAGCUCUAUCUCGAUACGCAGAGACUCGGUCAUUGUGAACUGUUGCCGUGGGAUGUGCACGUUGCUCUAGAUGAGAGCGACUAGUAAUAGAGCUUUCGAAGGAAAAGGCAGUUUACUUUUCUUGACGCAACCAUUGCCUGAUUAUGAUGCCGUUCGUACAGUGGGUGCGAACAGUAUAUGUCUAGCUGAAUAGUUUACCGGUGUAAAAUUUACACCACGGAACGAGCAUGGUGUCGUAAUGGGUAUGCAAAACCAAAAUUAAAUUAUUUUUUCAUUAAAAUAAUGAAUUCGAAGAAUAUGUGGCUAAAGUAGGCGGAAAAUGGCCAUUUAUGGCUUCCAUGAAUGUUUAUUAAAGUUAGCUGAAUAUUCAGUCUUACGUACCAGUGAGCAUGAUCUGUGUGGAAUUUCGAUUUUUGAAUCCGGCGCCGUUACCGCCAAUCGUUUAAUGUGACACAAAUGUGUACUUUAAAAAAAAGAUUAUUAAUUUAAGCGAUUUUUUGUUUCUUCUUCAUGCUCAUUACGCUCCAAACACGUUGCUAUGGCGAAACAUAUACAGCUGGAUAAAUACUAUUUGCACGCGAUGUACAUACAAUCGUUCUACUACCUUAGCUAAACGAAAAUAGAACCAAACUGACACGUCCGUGUUGGACGUAUUUCGUGCUGUUUACAGCACAAAGGGGAAGUUACUUAAAUUUAAGCUCACCGUUACAUGUUACAUGUUACUACACUUCCGCUGUAUAUAAGCAACAGCAAUAUCUGACUUCUACACCGCAAUCAUCUACUAAUAUAUCAUCUACCUCUCGGUUGCACUCAAUCGCGGGCAUCCAGUGAAAGGUCGAGCACGCGAAGCCGCACGGUAUACAUCGGAUCGGAAUCUGUACAAUUAGUAUUAUUACACAACCUGUCUCUGGGAAAUUCGGUUGCCGAUUACUUGUUACUUACUACUGCAGCUACUAACACUACUACUAAUACUACUACUGCUAAUACUAGCGCACAAAACAAAACAAAAACACUACCACCCCUUUACUCUAACCGCUCUGCUCCAAUAAGUGUGUGUGCGUGUUAGCUGAAUCCCGUAGAUGCGCCAAUUUCAAGUAGUUACUUAAACCACCAUCAUACAUUUUUAAAGUUGUGUUUGUGUUUUCUUUUUAACCAGUUUGUCAUUAAUGUUAUUGUUGUUAGUAUGCAGACUUUUAUUUAUCGUUAUUUUUUAAUAACCAUCAAGGUGGAGUCAUGUUAUGUGUGAUAUCUCUUGUGUAAUGACUACCGGGUUACUGUUUGCAAUGUGUAAACUGCUACUAACCGCCCAGCUUGCGGGGUAUCGAUCGAACAACGUAUUAGACAACGGGCCCAAGUGCUACUCGCCUAUUCACACACAGCCGUAACGUCUUUGGUAAAUUGGAAAACGUCGCUCAGCUGUUCCAAAUGCAAAUGUCCACUGUACUUAGCGGCAAUGGGGUGUAAACCAAUUACUAUACUAAUCGUGAUUAAUACCGGGUUGUGCACGAACCUCUGCUUCAACUAAAGCAAAAUGCAAAGCAAAACACAUCCAUCGAGAUAAAAAGCUUCCUUACUUAACUAGCCUCCGGGGGGUUCACUGGAACCUUAUCAUUUAUUUAUUUUAGCAUAGUACAAUGGGGAAAAGUUUGAUUGGGGAUUGAUGGGGGAAAGGGGGAAGGGGGGAGUUGGUAUGGGUGAAAGAAUCGAAAGGACUGGUUCGUUCGGUCCAUUCCAAUAUUUUAAAUGGUUAAUAAUAGUGAAGAUUUUUUCUUUUCCUAAAGAGUCUCGGAGGUUACUAUCAUCUCCGGUGAUAUAGCUCAAAUGCAAAAUGAAUCUAAUUGCAAAAUCGUUCAAUCGAAUUGAAGCAGGUUUUUUUUGUGAACUGCUAUUUUGCAGCGAGAUCAGUCAGUAGCUCAGAUUAGAUUAGUAGGAUUUUAUUGAAACUAUUCGUCAGCCAGGACCGAGUCAGGGUGGCCAGGAGACUUGCAACAGUUACGCCAGUGCAGGUCAGGUUGAACAAAAAGAAAACAACCAUAGAUCACUAUCGCAAAUCAAGUAGGAUCAAUGCAUAAGUCAUUACGCAUAAGGACAUAUCAAAAAUACAUCUGUCAAAACUGUA